UAUACGAAAGACCAUCGUGGCCAUAUUCCGCAUAGAUCAGCCAGCUUAACAUAGGCUCGCUUCCUUCCUCUCGAAAGUCCGGCGGUGUCGAUGUGGUUGACAGGCCUGAGAUGUCGAUUACGGUCUUGCCCUGGAAGUUCGGGAUUACGAGCAGCAGGACUCGCUCCGAGACAAGUGGCUCGAUUCGCCAGUCAGCCUUUGAUGGACACAUCAGCCGAGAUCUCUGCUCAGGACCAGGCUCCUCGAGCUGUCUUUUCUCCUCGUAGCCCGGUGGCAACGACGAUAAAGCCGAGAAAAGAAGAGAACCCACCACCACCUCACUUGCCUCUACCUCCUCCACUUCCUUACUCGCCGACCUCGAACCCGUUCCUCCGGCAUGUUCAGAUUCUGGACCAAUCCAUACUCUCUCGAUCACCAGACCAUUCAUGGGAAAUCUUCUGCGGUCUCCAUCCCGACCUGUAUUCGGCUCUUCCACUCGGGACAGUAUCAAAUUUACUUCGAUGUCAGAGCCAGGAAAGUCGACGACCAAGGCGGUUCAUCCGUCUACGCCAGCUACUCGGUAUCAUUCGUGAACACAAGAUUCGCUUACGCACCAGCCAACUCGAGCAGGCUGUCGGGGUGCUGAUCGAAGCGGCACAAGAUAAGAUGGAUAACGAGGAAAUCUUCGAGACGACCAUCAGGUUGCUUUGUGAUAGCACGGGGGGACGACCAGAAAAGGUCGACCCGGCCGUCCGCCAGGCCUGGUUCGAGAAGGCCUACCGCUGGCAGCAAUUGCAGGUCGCAAAAGACGAGCCUCGUAGGGCAAAGCAGCAGCGUAGUAUACUGGAGUGGAUACGAACUCAGGCGGACAAGGGCUAUCUGAGAGGAUUGACCUUGCGAGCAGAGUACAUGCUGCCACGAGGACGACUACCUCUCAUCGGCCAGGUCCUAGAGCCGGCCCUCGAUUUCUGUGCCUACCUGCUACAGCACGAUCUGGCUCAUGUGGUAGAAGCCAGCGGUACCAUGAUCGAAGUCCAUCUCAUGGGACGAGCCGGGUCUGCGAACAUGAGGGUCAAAGCGGGAAAUAGAGGCAUAGAAGGAUUUGUCCGCAGCGUGCACGAAGCUGGCAUGGGCGAGGUUGCCGACAGUAUCUGCAGGCGCUCUCUCGCGGCGGUCACCGGCGGCGUACCGGAAGUGGCAUCGCUGUUCGAGAUACCUUCUCGGUUGAUCUCUACGGACAUCAAGCAGGACCUCGCGCAGGCUCAAAAGACGCUGCAGCGAUGCUUAGCCCGCAGGAGCGCCUACAACCACGACCAUCUCGGCCCGGUGAGAGAGGUGCUUGCCGUUUCGUCAUUGGUGAUCGACAGGAUUGUCGCUAGCAGAGCUCUACUGGAGCACUCGUUCGCCAGGUCUCUCUUUCGGCUCAUCAUGGACGGCCCUUUCGAUGUGGGACUCGACCGCGGGUACGUCGACAUCAAAAAGGCUGUGCUUCAUGCCUUUCGGAGGCUGUCGACUACCGACAAUCUGACACGACUGCCCGAACCCAUCCAAGGAGAUGCUCUCAGAGCGCUUCUUCGGUUCUCCUCGAGACGUUCCGAUGUCGAUCUGUUCGGGCACGUUUAUCGUCAGAUGGUCCCCCGACACAGCCUGCCUCGAUCUUGGAAAUGGUCGCCCGAAUCGCACGAGCAGUUCACACAGCUGAUCGGUAGUGCACUCGAUAAACGCAAACCGGUCGCGGUGACAUUAGCUGUCGAGCUAUACGUGCACUGGCUAUCGAACGGAUUGCCGCCGUUCAGACCGAGCGUUACGAAGCGGCUCGUGCACGCACUUUCCCGACUCGAGGACGAGAACCCCGCACGCCGUUUGCUCGCCCUUCAUCGCGGCAGCCCCGGCGGUCAGGCCCGCUCUAUCGUGGUCGAUCUCGUUCGUCAAGCCAUCGCGGAUACCAAGUCUGAAGGCGUAUCGAGCGUGUAUGCGGAGAUGAUCGUCGAAUACGAAAGGAUCGGAAGACGCACAACCACAACGGGAACGCCCGGAGCCUCAAGCUCGGAUGAAGACGAGUCUGUUACCACUGGCGGGGCAAUGGCUGAAUGCGUAGGAGGUCAAGACGUGACGCCUUGGUAGAAGUUCAAGACACGCUGUUAGUAGUUAACGACCCUUUACGAUCGCCUGUAAUGACAUGCAUAUCGGUGG